UUAUUAAUUUCACGACAAGUGCGAAAUCUACAAAUUGCAAUAGUAAAACUGCGUGUUCUCUGCAGCUGUAAAGGAGCCAAAGUAGGCGCGUAAACUGCCGCGGGAUAAAAUUUACAUAAUUGAACGGCAAACUAGGCGAGCGUGGAGAAAGCAAACAAAGGCAAGGACAACGGAUAAGCGCUAGUAAAUGCUUGGAAGCCGCAUAAUUUAGAGUUGCUGUAAUCAUUAAGCCAUGUUAACUUAACAAAUCCGAAAGAGUAAAUUGAAUAUCAACGCGCGCUACCGGAAUUCAUAAUCGAUUUAUCUUCACCAAGUUAUCAAACAAACAAAACAUUUUUUUUUAAUUUUAUAAUUAAAUAAAUUUAUUUAAAAUUAUACAAAAUUCGAUAGCAAAAGAUAUACUUUGCUUUGAAGUGAAAUUUCAACACCUUAACGCAUUGCAACUGGGGCAAGAUGCAUUUCUUGCUGAUUAUCUUAGCUUUAGUUUCAACCGCAUUUACUGCGGAAUAUCACAGAUCAGCCGCUUCGGCUGGUGUCAACUUUGUUGGAGAUAAUGGCAAUGGCAUUGAAAACACACUAAACAAUGUUGAGGAGAAACCUCGCAAUCGUCGCAUAUACGCACUCUGUCCACCCAAAUUUCAACGCAUCGGUACUGAAUGCUAUUAUAUGCCAGAAGAGCAAAGAAUUUGGUUGGAGGCACACUUCUUCUGCAAGGAUAAGAACUCAAAAUUAGCAGAACCAACCAAAUAUUCAGAUCGCAAACUAAAUAUGUUUUUGCAACAACAUGACAGACAAUCAAAUGCAUAUGGAGGGUAUCCUGAUCCUAUUUGGCUUGGCUCUACAUACGAUUGGCUUACUGGAGUUUGGCAAUGGAGCAUAAGUGGCAAAAACCUCACAUAUGACGCUUUCAGUCAAAUGGACCCUGAGUAA